UUCCUGGCAGGGUUGGGUAUUAGGCAUGCCCAGGUGGCACCCUAUCAUCCUGCCAGCAAUGGCCGGGCUGAGCAAGCCGUCCGGUCUGUUAAGGAAGCUCUGGCCAGGUUUGGGCAGGGAGACUGGCAGGAUAAACUAACAAAAUAUCUUUUGGCACAGCACGCCACCCCAUGCCCAACUACAAAUCGCAACCCGGCCGAGCUUCUAAUGGGCCGGCACCUUUGGACCACCCUGGAUAGGUUGCACCCUAGCUAUGCCACUGAUAAACCACUGGACUCAUCCAGCCAAAUCAGAAAUUUCGGACUAGGGGACAGGGUGUAUGCCCAGAACUAUGGGGGGGGGAAAUCCCCUAUGGUUACCCGGACAAAUUGUUCAAGUAACAGGACCCUGUUCUUACAGGGUAGAGCUCGAUGCUGGGCAUACCUGGUGGCGCCACGUAGACCAACUUUGUGGACGUUCAUACACCAUCCCUGUAACACCUUGCAGUUCACCUCCCGGGAUCCCUGUGGGGCCGACCCAAGCACUACGCAGCCAGCUGAUGUCCACAACAUACUGUCCCAAUCAAUGCUUCUGACGCCCGGCUUACCUGCAGACCCUGUUCUUCAUCCAUUGGCUGACUCGCCUAGCUUGACUAGAUCACCAGCCCCAGUAGUUCCUGAGGGUCCAGAACAAGCGCCUCCUCCAUCAUUCGAGGCCCCAAAAUUACGCCGAUCCGGAAGGGUGCGCAGGCGCCCAGCGUAUUUUCAGGAAUACACAUGCACCAUCCAAGGAGGGAGGAGUGUGGCAUAUGUAGCCACACCUCUGCCCAGCAACACGGAAGUGUUGCCUAUUGGCUGUGAAGUGACAGCUCGGCAGGAGGGAGAAAUGAGUGCAUGUGAUUUGCCACCUGUUUGACAGCUGCUGUAUAAAUAGCAGCCCUGACAGAAAUUGUUGCCUUGUUCAUUCGUCCUACUGUAAUGGGUGUUUGCUGUUGUUAUGACCUGAGGCCUUGCCUAGUAAAGGGCAUUGUUAUUUAACACCGUCUCGCCUCUUCUCACCUCGCUUCAAACAAAGCAGUUGGGAAUCCAGAAGUGCUUGGUUUAAGCCACCGAAUCUCGCGUCCCAGGUGAACGGCCGAGACCAUUCCACCUCAGACGCUGCCUGGACGGACCGUUCGUCUUGCGCAUCCGGAAGCGAUGAGGCUGCUGUCGCAACGCAUGAUGCUGCCGCUGCUUUUCCUGGCGGCGGGGGGAUGGCCGCGGGUCUCCUGGUCGCUGGUCUGGUACACAGCCUGGGUGAGCACGGUGUACACCGAGCCGGGCACCAACCACACAGUGCGGGACAGCGCGGAAAGCGGGCGCUAUGGGAACAGCUCGCCCAAGGAGAGCGCACAGGGCCUACUGGGCAUCCCUUUUGGAGGAAUGGCCCACCACGUAGAGGGCUGUGACCCCAAGGGGGAAUACGAGAUCCCCAUGGUGCCCGGAAGCUCCUCGGGAGAAAAAGAAGCUGGAGCGCCCUUCUUGCCGCCUCAGUCCUGGAUCGCCUUAGUGGCCCACGGAGGCUGCCACUUGAAGGACAAAGUCGCCAACGCAGCUAGGAGGAAAGUGGCUGCUGUGGUCAUCUACAACAAGCCUCGGUUCGGCAACUCCACUCUUACCUCUGUGUCGUACCUCGGUACUGCUGAUACAAUUGUAAUUAUUGUUGGGUAUCCAAAAGGAAUGGAGAUCCUGGAGCCAGUCCUAAGAGGAAUUCCAGUGAAAAUUACUAUUAGUGUUGGUAAACAACAUGUACAAGAAUAAAUCAACGGACAGUCAGUUGUGUUUGUAGCAAUUGCAUUUAUCACAAUGAUGAUUAUAUCUUUAGCAUGGCUUAUAUUUUUUUAUGUACAACGUUUUCUCUAUACUGGAUCACAAUUUCGAAGCCAGGGUCAGAGAGAAGAAACUAUUGCUGCAAUUGCCCAGCUGCCACUGUAUACUCUGAAGGAUGAAGAUAAGUGUUGGGCUAUUGAUACAGAAAAUUGUGCUAUAUGCAUCGAAAACUAUAAAGCCAAAGAUACUGUUCGGCGUCUGCCUUGCAAACAUAUCUUCCAUAAACUGUGUAUUGAUCCCUAGUUGCUGGAACAGAGAAUAUGUCCAAUGUGUAAAUUAGAUAUCAUGAAAGCACUAGAAUAUUGGAAUAUUUCUAUGGAAGAAGAUAAUAACAAAACAAGUGGCUUAUCAGCAUCCUGUACUAGCUCAAUUGCAUUAAAUAAUGUUUUAAAAGAAAAUCCAUGUGAAACAACAAUUUUACUUGAACUGGAGAGUGGAGAUAAUGAACGUGAUCAUUUGUCUUCUGGAUCACUACAAAUUUAAUGAGAAUUUGAGAAACUUGAACUCAUAGUAAAAAAAAUGUUUUUCAAAAAUGUUUAUGGACUUGAAUCUAGCUUAAUAAAUACAUACUUCCUAACAUACUUCCUACUUCCUAGCAAGACUAAUGUCUUGCUUACAGAGCUUUUCUCUAUACAAGAUAAAAUACCGUAUUUUCCGGCGUAUAAGACGACUUUUUAACACAUGAAAAUCUUCUCAAAAGUCGGGGGUCGUCUUAUACGCCGGGUGUCGUUCUCCUGUAACCAGGCAGACCAGCCCAAAAGGCUCUGACGAGCCUUAAAUGGCUCUGGCGAUCCCAGCUCUGGCGAUCCCAGCUCUGACGAUCCCAACUGAGUUCCCUGCAACUCAGCUGGGAUGGCCAGAGCCAUGUAAAGGAUAAAAAGUUUUCCCCCUCCAGCUUGCUCACCUCAGCUGCUAGUCCCAACGCUUGCCUUGCUUCGCUUGCCUGAAUCUAUUCCAUCAGCAAUCAGCAAUCAAGCAAGCAGGGAGUUGUGGACUUCAACUCCCAGAAUUCCUCAGCCAGCAAAGCAAAGCUGGCUGAGGAAUUCUGGGAGUUGAAGUCUACAAGUCUUAAUGUUGCCAAGGUUAGA